UUCUCGUUGCGAUGACAAGCGCGGAUCAGACAGAUUAGUGACUCCGAGUGUGUGAGAGUGUGUCGUGUGUCUCUGUGCUUACCGCUUACUUACUUACUUACUACAAGCUUUGGAUCAGGAGCGGAUUGGAUUUAUGCAUGCUUCCUGGGAGCACUACAGUGUUGGAUUACACUCUUUUUCACACUUUAUUUAUUUUUGCACUAUUUUCAUCUGCUGCUGAACACGUCUGAGAUUAAUUACCGUUAAUACAUGCUAUCAUGCCGAUGAGUAGUGGUCUGGCGUGGAAGAACUACGAUUACGAUUACGACUCGGUACAGCCGUGCUUUUACUUCGACAACGAUGAGGAGGACUUUUACACGCAGCUGCACCAGGGUCAGGCGCCCAGCGAGGACAUCUGGAAGAAGUUCGAGCUCAUUCCGACACCGCCGCUUUCCCCGAGCCGGCGGCUGUCCACAGCCGAGCAACUGGAAAUGGUGAGCGAGUUCCUGGGUGACGACGCGGUCAACCAGAGCUUCAUUUGCGACUCGGAUUCAUCACAGGCUGUCCUUAAGUCCAUCAUCAUCCAGGACUGCAUGUGGAGCGGCUUUUCUGCUGUCGCUAAGCUCGAGAAGGUCGUGUCCGAGAGGCUCGCGACACUGCACGCGGCACGGAAAAGCUUGUCCGCCGGUAGUGAUGCAGCGGACAGCAGUGGGGUCUAUUUGCACGAUCUUAGUGCGUCGGAGUGCAUCGAUCCGUCUAUGGUUUUCCCGUAUGUGCUGACGGAAUCGCCCAAGUGCGCAAAACUGACAGCGCCUCCGGAUCACUUAGACACGCCGCCCAACAGCGGCUGCAGCAGCGAUUCAGAUGACGAAGAGGAUGAAGACGAGGAAGACGAGGAAGACGACGAGGAGAUUGAUGUGGUGACAGUGGAGAAGCGUCAGAGGAGGAGCGAUGCUGAGGCGAGCGAAUCCAGGCAGCCCAGUCCGCUGGUGCUGAAGCGCUGCCACGUCUCCACACAGCAGCACAACUACGCUGCCCAGCCGUCCACGCGGCACGAACAUCCCGUCAGCAAGCGCCCACGCCUUGAAGUCUCCUCCACAGCCCACGGGAGCAACCGGUACAGCAAGCCAAGGAAGUGCACAAGUCCACGCACGUCAGAUUCGGAGGACAAUGAUAAACGAAGGACACACAAUGUGUUGGAGCGUCAGCGCCGUAAUGAACUCAAGCUAAGCUUUUUCGCUCUACGUGAUGAGAUACCAGAGGUUGCCAACAACGAAAAGGCUGCCAAGGUGAUGAUCCUGAAGAAGGCUGCAGAGUGUAUCCACAGCAUGCAGGCGGAUGAACGUAGGCUGCUGUCCAUCAAAGAACAAAUAAGAAGAAAGAGCGAACAGUUAAAACACAGACUUCAUCAGUUACGAAGGUCCCAACUAUAAAAAACUGAAAAGACACAGAGAGACUUUUAAGAAAACAAAGCAAACAGACAUUUAAGAACCGUUCCUCCUCAUUUUGUAUGCAAGUUGUGCAUAUUGUGAUUUUUGUUUUUGUUUUCUUUUGAAAAUUGUCAGAUUUUUGCCUAUGUUUAAAGCCGCCACAUUUUUUUUAAGUGGCGAUCAAGUAAAGUAAAAUAAUUUGUAUUUAAGUCAUUUAUUUUUAUUAAUAAAACAAGAAAACACAGGGAGUUGUGGCUCUAACAAAAUAAUUUGUAUUUUUUUGUAUAUACUGAAUUCAUAUUUCAUAAAAAGUGUAUUUUUUGAUCCUUAUUGUCUGAGUGUUCUCCAGACAGUAUGUUGCUUUAUGUUCAAACAGUUCUGAACCAUAAAUUCAUUUUUUCUGAAAA